CCCAUUCAUCCUUUACAGAAUCGGUGUUCUCAAGAAUGGCGCCUCCGAAAAAGAGUGUCAACCCAAGCGGACUUGGCCACGCCAUCAUGAACAGAAGAGUGAAGGACAAUCGACACGCACAGGAGUCGGGUUUUUACACCACGGACGUUGAUGCUACCAACCGUUUGAAAUCGGUUACUCAAGAACGGGACCUCGACGAAUUCCUGAGCACGGCGACACUUGCCGGCACUGAUUUCACUGCAGAGAGGAGGAACAUCAAAAUCGUUAGCUCCCAAUCACCUAUUGCCCGUAACCCAUACCUGCUGUCAGAGGACGAAGAGCGAGCCACCCUCCAGAAAUUCCAAGAAAACAGACAGCGGCUCCGUGUUCCCAGAAGACCACCCUGGAAGAAAGGAAUGCCCACGGUCGAGCUCGAUCGGCAAGAAAAGAACGCGUUCCUAGAAUGGCGGCGAGGCCUAGCGGAUCUCCAGGAUCGUGAUCGGUUUCUUUUGACGCCAUUCGAACGCAAUCUCGAAGUUUGGAGGCAAUUGUGGAGGGUCAUUGAAAGAGCUCAUCUUGUGGUUCAAAUUGUCGAUGCUCGUAAUCCUCUUCGAUUUCGCUGUGAAGAUCUCGAAUCAUAUGUCACGGAUAUCGAAGGAGCCGAAGGCGAGAAGGACAGCGGUCCCCGCGGCCUUCGAAGAAAUCUACUAUUGAUCAACAAAUCCGACUUACUGACUGCGAAGCAAAGACGCCUUUGGGCAGAUUACUUUGACAGCUUGGGUGUUCGGUAUGCAUUCUUUUCGGCAGCGAAUGCGGCGGCUCUGCAGCAGGCACGUCGUGACGCGCUUGCUGCACAAGAAGCGGCUGAUCGUACAGAUUCGGACACGGACGAGGGAGACGCCGUGCACUCAGUAUCAGAACUAUCAGCGAGCAAUAGCGAUGCUGGAUCAUCUUCCGACAUAUCCCAGACUUCCUCGCCGAGUUCAGCGUAUUCUCUCUCAAAGCAAGAGCAAGAGCGAGAUAACACCCCGGGGGUAGCAGACAACGCAGAUGAUUCGGAUGAUCCCAGAGCGCGCGUGCUCACCGUCUUGGAGCUUGAGGAGUUAUUUGUACGAAGUGCCCCUGACUUGCAAGCGUUUGCGACGUCAUCUAGUGAAUGCCCGCAACAGCUAGUCGUUGGUCUUGUGGGCUAUCCUAACGUUGGCAAGUCAAGCACGAUCAACGCUCUUCUUGGCGAAAAGAAAGUUAGCGUGUCUGCCACGCCCGGGAAAACAAAACAUUUUCAAACAAUCCAGCUUUCGCCAUCGGUCAUGCUCUGUGAUUGUCCUGGAUUGGUAUUCCCUCAAUUUGCUACUACGCGAGCCGAUCUUGUCUGUGAUGGCGUCUUGCCGAUUGACCAAUUGCGGGAAUAUACAGCCCCCACCGCGUUGGUUGUCAAGCGGAUUCCACGCGAUGUCUUAGAAGCUACGUACGGCCUUACUAUACGCAGUAGUGGACCAGAAGAGGGAGGUGAUAGUAGCCUUCGAGGGGAAGAUCUGCUUGUCCCUUACGCCGUUGCUCGUGGUUUUGCUCGCUCGGGCCAGGGAAAUCCGGACGAAGCACGAGCUGCCAGGUACAUAUUGAAGGACUACGUUAACGCGAGGCUUCUCUUCUGUCACCCACCUCCCGGAUACUCUUCUGAGGAAUUCAAUGCGGACAUGCAUGCCAUGGCCCUACUCCGAGCGGUAGGGAAGAAGCGAGCGCCCACGACGCGUGUCACUAAAGGGGCAGAUACCUUCAUACCCGUCGACCAAUCAGCCCCUGACGGGUCAGGUCAAGUUCCUCAUUCUACCAACGCCGGCCACAAAUCAAACGUUCUCGAUCAGGAUUUCUUUGCCACCCGUCCUGCAAUGUCCUCGAGAGCCUUCGUACAGGGCACGGCUCGUCACGGCAAGGAAUUCUCCAGGACGCAACUUUACCCGCAUCAAAAUAUGGUUGCAGACGAUGGGCAACCUUUGACAGGCAGGAGAGCGCGAAUCGCAUCUGUUCUUGCCAGUGCGGGUGCAGAUAACGGCGCGCCCCUUGGGAAGCGCCACAAGAAACCUAAACGAGUGAAACAGAGGAGCGGAAAAGGGUAUGAUUGAUGUGUGUCAGCCGUUGCCUGUAUAUGACAUAUUUGCGACUUGUUUCGUGGUAUUGAUUGUAUUAGGGCUGGACUUCGCAAAUUGACGUG